AUGCGCGUCCUAGAGGCGGCUCUCGUGGCGGCGACGGCCGCGCUGACGCUGGCAGCGACGUGCUGCCCCAACUCGUGUUCGGGCAAAGGCAAGUGCAACAUCGCCGGCAACGGCUGCGUCUGCGCGUGCUUUGCCGGCUUCCUCGGCGCUGACUGUUCCAAGCGUGCCUGCCCGACGGGCAAGGCGUGGGCCAGCACGGGCACGGGCGUCGACCAAGCGCACGUCCGCAGCGUCUGCUCGAACCGUGGCACGUGCGACCACGCCACGGGCGUCUGCCGCUGCGAUCCUGGCUUCACGGGCGCGGCCUGCGAUCGCAUGGGCUGUCCCGGUGGCUGCGGCAAGAACGGCGAGUGCCGGUCCAUGAAGUACCUCGCGACGCAGAAGGAUGCGGGGCUGCCACCGCCCGUCGUGUACACGCACGUCUGGGACAGCGACAUGAUCUAUGGCUGCAUGUGUCUUGACCGCCACACGGGCCCCGACUGCUCGCAGACGCUCUGCCCGACGGGCGACGAUCCGCUCACGGGGUUUGCCGGCGAUCUCAUCUUUGGCCAGCAGUUCAACGAGAUGCAGUCGCUCACGUGCGCUGCGACGGCCGGCACCUUUACACUGUCGUUUCGCGGGCUCACGACUGUCCCGAUCCAGUGGAACGACCCGGUGGCUGUCUUUGCGGCCAAGCUUAACGCUCUCGCUAGCAUCGCGCACGUCGCGGUGACGUAUGCAAGCACAACGCUUCUCGCCUGCCCGCCUGCGGGCAACGUGAUUGCGAUCGAAUUCCUUCACGACUUUGGACUGCAGCCACUGCUCGUGGGCAACCCAGCCAACCUCGAAUACACGGCCGUCGGCGGCACGGUGCAGCUGUUGACCGCGCGAUUGCAAGCAGGAUCAAAGGAGAAUGCCCCGUGUUCGAACCGUGGGACGUGCGACCUCGGCACCGGGGUCUGCACGUGCUAUGCCGACUUUGACACGAGCGACGGCUACGGCAACCUCGGCUCGCGUGGCGACUGCGGCGCCGCGACAGGCACAGUCACCAACUGCCCUGGAACGGUCACGCCGUGCAGCGGGCAUGGCUAUUGCUCGGGCGAGCCGCAGUACGCGUGUCUCUGCUAUGACGGGUGGACCUCGGGCGACUGCUCGAUCCGCACGUGUCCGCAAGGUCCAGCAUGGUUUGAUACGCCGAGCAGCAGCAACGACGCCCACCACUACGCCACGUGCUCGAACGCGGGCAUUUGCAACCAAGCGACCGGGUUCUGCGAGUGCGCCGCAGGCUACGAAGGCGCCGCGUGCCAGCGCCUGGCGUGUCCGACAACGACUGCCGAGCCGUGCUCAGGCCAUGGGCAGUGUCUCACGCAAGGCCGUCUCUCGCUGCAGUCGACGACUUGGAAUGGCAGCCCGACGCCGUUUACAUACGGCGCCACGCCCAACAACCCGAUGUCCAUGUCUAGACUUGGGAUUUCAACCAGAUCCAAGGCUGCUAUUGCGACACGGGUUUUGCGGGCCACGACUGCGCGUUGCGCACGUGUGCGGUCGGCGACAACCCGCGCACGACGGGGCAGACGAACGAGAUGCAAGUGCUUAUCUGCACCGCGACAGCACCCUCGACGUUCCAACUGAGCUUUCGUGGCCAAACGUCCGGCGCGAUUGCGACGACAGCGUCCGCGGCCCAAGUUAGCGCGGCGCUCGGACUCGUACCGGCGAUCGGCGCCGUCACCGUUGCGUUUAGCGCCGGCGCCACGACGGUCUGCACGCCGACAGGUACCAACCUUGUCCGCGUGACGUUCUUGACGACAUCCGGGGACGUGCCACCGAUGGUUGCGGUCGUUGCGGACGCCGUUGCUGUUCCGUCCUUUGUGGUCGCUACGGACGGCGUUAUCGGCUCGAUCCAAGGCACAACUGAGAGUAUUCUUUGUUCGGGCGGAGGCGUAUGCAACCAGGCCACGGGGCUCUGCGCUUGCUUUCCUGACUUUGCGCAGAGCGACGAGCGCGGCCAAGCCGGACUGAGCGAAGACUGCGGCUACCUCGUGCCCUACCAAGGCGACAUGAUCGACUACUCGUACGACGACACUGCGUAGUAGCCUCGAGACGAUAAGGCAGUUUGCGUGUUGUUCACGAACGUUGGGAGACCAGGG